ACAACACAUACAUGUAACGCUCACUGUAUCGCAUGUUGUUCGCCUCUAUGGCGCGUGUUUCGCAUAACGCGUGGCAAGACGUAUACGUAUGUAAGGCUUUGGUUGAGGGCGCAGCCACUCUUGACGCGCAAAGGAGCUGCCUGGACCUGAAUAUCGCUGCCUCGACACUGUUAUGUAGGCGCAUUGAGUCGCGUAGCCAUGGGUAUCGAUCGCGUCUCUGUCUCAUCGUACUGCUUGGCACCACACGUUUGAACACUCUGCUGUCCCUAUUUUCCUCGUACUAAUUCAUCUCCAAUCGCCUGGCAUCAAUCGAGGCGCCCUUUGCCAAGUCACAUCAUGGCCACCAAGCCUCCCUCAGGACAAUUGCGACCCACCUCGGAGGCGGACGUACGGCAAUCUAUCCUUGAUCAAGCACAAGCUGCUGCUGCCGCUCAGGAUGAUCCCGCACAACCAAGAAGACCGGAGGCCCUACUGCAAGAAGCCGAUCUUGUCACCCCCGAUGCGGUGGAGGACGACGAGGCCCCUCCUGCCUACUACGGCGGCGUCUACGGCGAGAUUCACAAUGAGAAGGACGGCUGGGGCACGAGUGCCCGUGUCACGGACGAUGGCCGUGUCAACAUCCGCAUUAAUCAAUUUAACCGGCGUUUGUCCCAGGUGUUCACCCCGGUUCUGCGUCAACAGGCACAGCAGACCACCCAAGAGACUGGCGAUCACCGCCCUUCCACGCAUGGUUUGGAGGAGGCGACUGACACUUCUCCACCUCCGGCCUUGAACAUCGUCAUCCAGGUCGUGGGCUCGCGUGGAGACGUUCAGCCCUUUGUCGCUUUGGGAAAGGUCUUGAGGGAGACCUACGGCCAUCGUGUGCGGCUGGCGACACAUCCUGUGUUCAAGGACUUUGUGGAGGAGAAUGGUCUGGAGUUCUUCAGUAUCGGCGGCGACCCUUCCCGAUUAAUGGCCUUCAUGGUCAACAACCCUGGCCUGAUACCGAGUUUCCGCAGCUUAUCAAAUGGAGACGUACGUGCGCGAAGACGGGAUGUCGGCGAGUAUCUUCAAGGCUGCUGGCGAUCAUGUUACGAAGCCGGUGACGGAACGAGAAUCCAUGCCACCGGCGAUGACAUCUCCGAGGUUUCUGGUUACGACUCCGGCUCUGAAUCCACAGCAAGACCCUUUGUUGCUGACUGCAUCAUUGCCAACCCUCCAAGCUUUGCUCACAUCCAUUGCGCAGAGAAGCUGGGUAUCCCGCUCCAUAUCAUGUUUACCAUGCCAUACUCUCCCACCCAGGCUUUUCCUCAUCCGCUAGCGAACAUUCAGUCCUCGAAUGCCGACCCCCAACUCACUAACUUCAUCAGCUAUGCUAUGAUCGAACUCCUCACAUGGCAAGGUCUAGGUGAUGUUAUUAACCGUUUUCGCAACAAAUGCCUCCGUCUGGAUCCCGUGAGUGUCUUUUCCGGCCCUGGGAUGCUUCAGCGGCUUAGGGUUCCUCAUACUUACUGCUGGUCUCCAGCCCUGAUACCUAAACCGAAUGAUUGGGGUGCCCAUGUCUCCAUCUCUGGGUAUUACAAGCUGGCCUCUGAUGAAUAUACUCCAGCCCCUGAACUUCAGGCUUUCCUCAAUAAUGGCCCACCGCCUGUGUAUAUAGGGUUCGGGAGCAUCGUCUUGGAAAAUCCCAAUGCGCUGACGGAGCUUAUCUUCCAGGCUGUGCGGAAGACCGGACAACGUGUACUGCUUUCCCAGGGAUGGGGCGGCCUAGGCGCAGAUGAACUCUCACGAACUGCACCUGACGGCGUCUUCAUGCUUGGCAACGUGCCGCAUGACUGGCUUUUCAAACAUGUGUCUUGCGUGGUACAUCACGGAGGCGCAGGAACUACAGCAGCAGGCAUAACCGCCGGCCGGCCGACUGUGAUCGUCCCGUUCUUCGGGGACCAGCCGUUCUGGGGCGGCGUAAUUGCAAGAGCAGGCGCGGGCCCUCAGCCGAUCCCACACAAACGACUCACUUCGGACAAGCUAGCCGAUGCUAUUACCUUCUGCUUGAGGCCCGAAAGCCUGGCACGCGCUCAAGAACUUGCAAGCAAGAUCGCCGCAGAGCGAGGUAGCGAGACCGGUGCUCAGCUAUUCCAUCAACACCUCAACGUGGACCGACUCCGUUGCACCCUUGCACCGUCUCGGCCCGCUGUGUGGCGUAUCAAGAGAACCAAGGUGAGGUUGAGCGCUUUUGCGGCUUGUACCCUGGCGAAUGCGAAUUUGUUGGACUUUCACGACCUGAAGCUCUUUAGAGCACGAGAAUGGAGUAUCGACGAAGGUCCGGUUGAUCCGAUAUCUGGAGGCUUCACCGCGGCUCUCGGAGCAUUCGGGGGUAUGGCGAUGGGGUUGGCGGAGGUGCCUUCGGAGACGUUCAAAGCUCUGCAGACUCCAUCGACCUCUCGAUCUGUUCCUGACCAGUCCCAGACAUCAGUUCCAGCAGCUACCAUGUCGAAGGAAACCUUGUCCAUAGAUGUACCGGAAGGAUCGACUGCUCCGACUUCGUCUGGACGAGGUCGGCCGAGCUUGGAUAGGCAAGAAUCGACUGCGAGUGGAUUGAGCCUUUCCGACCUCUCCGUUCUGUCUUCGCCCACCUCGAAUACCCCACCAGGCUCUCAGGUCAACACGUUGCAACAUGAGUUGAGUCGUAGACCCCGCGGCGUCGCCCGAGAUGGCGUCCGCAGUCGAGUCGAGUCCGCCGCCGGCCUGGACCGCGACAUGCUGCGCCACACAGGCGUCCAUACGAGCAAAGGCGUUGGCCGUUUCGCCAAAGCGCUCGUGCAGUCACCUAUGGAUCUCUCGGUAAGCUUCACCAAAGGCUUCCACAACGUUCCCAAGCUCUGGGGAGACGAUACCGUACGCCCUCAAGAGCGGGUCACCGGUUUGAAGUCAGGCCUUGUCGCAGUAGGACGAGAAUUUGGCUUUGGCUUUUACGAUGGCAUAACUGGAUUGGUUACACAGCCCAUGAACGGUAUGCAGAAGGAAGGUGUCAGCGGCUUGUUGAAAGGAGUCGGAAAGGGAAUCGGAGGACUCGUUGCGAAGCCUGGCGCAGCGAUGUUUGGAGUUCUAGGGCAUACGAUGAAAGGGAUUCAUAAGGAGGUGCAGAAGUCGUUUGGGAAGAGUGUGCAGAGCUACGUUGCUGCGUCCAGGGCGGCGCAGGGGUAUGAGGAGUGGUUGCAAAGCGGAGAAAGGGAAAGGGAAGAUGUCAUUGAGAGGUGGAGGCUGAUUCAAAAGUAUCUGAAGAAAAGCCACAAUAACGAGAAGAUGAUGGUGGAUGCGCUGGAAGCACAGCGAAGGAGGAACCUUGCAAACGAUGCGACCCGCCAGCAAGACGGACGACCUGCGAGUGCCACUCAGCCACCCAACAGUACCGAUGCUGUGGCCGGAGGCUACGGAAAUGCUAUGCCCACCACGGACUUCUCUGGAUCCUCCUUGCGCCCUGCCGCUACAGCAGCCCAGGGUUCAUUGGGAGCAUUCGAAGCCAACGAGCCCAUCCGCUCUUCAUUCCAGGGCAUGUCACCUGAUGGCGCAGAAGAGGCGGAGGACGCCAAUGUGUUCAGAGCGAUCCGGGAAAACGUGUCUCAGCUUCAACGCCAACGGCAGGCAGCGUCAGAUCCUGAAGCCGCUCAAGGGACUGUGCGCGAAACGAUGGCUCCCAGCCAUGCGGAAAAUCAGAGAUCCUCAAGCGAAGCCUUGGACUCCAGUGAAUGGGAGUCGCAGAUCAGUCUUACAAAUGAGGAAGGUGAGGACUCAGAAUACGAGCACGCGGUCGAACGACCCGGCACAGCGGCGGCUACGGCCAGUGGGUCAACAGGCGUCCAGCGACCGCCCGCGUACGAUUCAGGACAUCUUGCGGGUACCACGCAAAGUGAGUUCGAGGCGCAACGACAGGGACAGGAAGGUGAGAAGACGGCACAGGAGAAGAUGGAAGAAGAUAUCGUGAUGGAGUAUGUCAAGAAGCAAAGCCUCCUGGAAGCGUCUCAUCAACACAAACGCAAAAGCCGUGCCACAACAACAGAGCCUACCGAGGAUGAGGACUUGCAGAAGGCGUUGGAGUUGAGCAUGCAAGGACAUGGACAGGAUGCGGAGGUUCAUGGUGGGGAGGCUUCGAGGAUGUGAUUUCAUGAUUGAUAGAAAUAGACUCUCUAGAUCAGCAGUAGACUCUACGAAGAUCUCACAC